AUGUCACUAAAUUCAGAAGUCGCCAGGCUCAAGAGUAGACUCUAUAGCGCCUCAAACAAUCUCGAUUCUCUUGAGACAGAGUCAAAAGAUGCGAUCGAUGCCGAGCUAUGGAUUCUCCAAUCCGCCCUUCAAAGGGCCGCAACUGAUACUGUCCAUCUGAUAACCGAAUCGAAGAAAGGCAGAAACCUUUUGCUCUUCCGAACGGAUAAAUCGAUUACUAGACAAUUAGCGACUCAACUAAAUGUCGUUAUUCAAAGCCUGGACGCAUCUAUCGCCUCAAGCGAUCGAGUCCUCAACCUCAGUAUGCUUCAUAACAGAAGAAUUGAAGACUUUAAAAAUGAGAGUCUUCAACCUAUAAGACAAAAUAUUAAAGUGACGGUAACUCGGGUGGAGCAUAAGAAAGCCACAGCGACGGCAGAGCUAAAUGCAAAACACAAGGAAGCCCGUCGGGUGGCUGUUGAGUUGAGCAAGGCAUCGAUUCAACUCGAUAAGAAGCAGACGGAGCUGUCUUCUACCCGAUCUCGCCUAUGGUCAAAACAGCGAGACGCUAGAAGUGCAGAGGAGCGACAGGCGAGUUACGAAAAGCAAGCUCGAGAAUACCGAGAACGUGCGACAGCCGCAUCAGAGAGGGCUCGCAGACUCCGAAAAACUGCGGUCUGGACGGCUGUCUUAAGCCUUGGACUCGGCAUCGUUUUUGCGAUUGCGGAUGCCUACGAGGCAUAUGACCUUGAUACAAGUGCAAGUAAUUUUGCGAGUGGGGCUCAGAGUAGUGCUAGCAGCGCCAACCAGCUUAGGAGCACAUGUGCUUCUAUCGAACGACAAAUAGGAAACUUGGAAACAGAGAGCCGUGUUCUAGAGUCCCAGAAGGCCUCGCUAGAAUGGAGGAAAGAGCAGCAACAAGAAGAAGUGGAUACUUUGCAAUCGAGCAUCUCUAACUUGAAUCAAGAGGUUGCAUCUGCAAAUACCUUGAUUUCGGGUCUAGAAUCAGUGAACAGGAAGACAGAUGAACUAGUGGAGAAAACGAGAUUGUUAUCGAGAAGUCUACAAAAAUUGAAGGCGGAUAUCUCGAAUUGUUUGGAAACUUUGACAGAGCAACGAGAGUUUGGAGCAUUAACCGCUCGUAAGGCAAACAAAGCCUACAUUUCAGAGGAGAAGAGGCUCCAGCUCUUAAUGGAGAGUGCUGGGGAAGUUUUACCCCAGAUUAACCAGAGUCAAAGGAUGCUUCUAAGUAUCGAUCGGACCUACGGCGAAGCAUGCUCGUCAGCAAAAGAAGUCAGGAAAACUCAGAAAGCUCGAGAAAUAGGCAUGAUCCCACCGGUAAAAGGUUUGAAUGCACAUUUGAAUUAG